AUGCGCAGUUGUCGAACACUUUUGUCAUCAACUUCUUCGAAAAGCUGGAAUCUUUCUUCUUGCGAUGCCACGCAGGUUUAUUCCACAUUUUUUUUCAAGUUAAUUAUGGAUAUUUCAGGUAUCUUACCUGGGCGAAAGGUGUAUCGAAGUGGAUGAACAGGACAAUGUUCUGAAUCCAAUUUCGAAAGGUGAUGCUCAUCGGUCGAGCUCUUGUAGGUUCUAUUUCAGUUAUGAAGAUGAAAAAAACUCGCUUUCAGUGACUUUGCACAGAGCUUUCUCGGUUUUCUGCUUUACGCCGGCGAAAAAACUGAUUUUACAGAAGAGGAGCCUCGAAAAGGUUGGUUUCUCCGACGGAAGGAAACUAAUCGAAAAGGAAAUAAAGUUUUCAGAUCACUUUUCCCGGACUUUGGGCCAAUACUUGCUGCAGUCAUCCUCUUCAUAAUGAGCGAGAAUUGGACGGCGUUUUUGGGGUUAAAAGGUUUAUUUUUUUUUUUUUUGUAUUUUGGCAAUGUUCAGUGGGCGUGGCUGCAUGCAACGGCGGCGCGGCUUUAUGCAAAAGGGGCGCGAUAAUGAGAGCCAUUUUGUAAAUUUACUAAAUGAAAAAAAUAACUUUUUAUAGCCUAUUCCGCGCCAGCUUGUCACGUUUCUUUUCGCCAAAAAAAACGUAUACCAAAUUAGAUCACAUUUGACCAAUUUCGCUUCACGAAAUUUGGUUUUUUUUUUUGCAGUUUUGGAGAGUUCCGAGCGAGGCGGUCACGUUUUUGAAGAAAAGCAGAAAAAAAUGCUAUUCUUAAAAGCUUUCUUAGCAAUUCUGCUUUUAAAACAACAAGAAACAAAGGUCUUGAAGCGAAGUUGGUCGAAUUUGAUCUGGCCUUUUGAUGGAUCCUUUUAGAAGCGUUUGAAUAGGUUUUUAGCGAUUCUUAUGUUCCAACUUAAUCUUUAAUCUACUUAUCAAGAAGUCUUUCCCCUCAGAGCGGCUGUGCGAAAGUUGAAGCACGAACUGGGGAUUGAAGGGAUGAAAGAGGAAGAAAUGACGGAGGCUGGUCGAUUCGUCUACCGGUCGGUGAUGAAGGACGGCGAGUGGGGCGAGCACGAGAUGGACUACGCCUUGGUCGUUCCCAACGUCGCCUGCGACCGGAUUCAGAUGAAUCCGAACGAGGUCAGCGACGUCUGUGACGUCUCCUACGAAGAACUCAUCGAUUGGGUCCGCAAAGGUGACUUUUGCUCGAUGAUCCUUCGUUCAAUUUCCAUUAUUUUUAAACAUUUCGUAAACUCUUUGGUACACAUCCUGUUACACUACGGUGCGCCAAAUUGAAAAGUUUAAAAAAAUCUCAAAAUGAAUGUUUUUUUGAUGUAGUUUCGCUUCGGAACAGGGCCCGAAUGUGGGAGAACACAUUUUUAUUAUUCAAAAAAAUAAGUUUCAAGGCGCUAUCCUAUUUCAAAAAAAAAUAUAUAUAGAAAAGUUUGAACUAUUUUUUUAAUCUUUUUCGAAUGCUUUUUGAAAGCCAGAAAACAUUAUAAAUGCUUAUCAAAAAACACAUUUCUGCACGAAACUUCUACUUCCGACGUAUUGCUUCAAUAUGUCACUGAUAAUUGAUAUUCAGAUCCCGACGCGUUCUCUCCCUGGCUUCAGCUCUUCUCCCGCAAUCCGAAAUUGGCCCUCUGGUGGAAAUCCUUGGAUAAUGUUGCCUCUGUCCGGGAUAACACCAUUCACUUCCUCUGAUCUGACCUUUGCUUUAAUUUUGACCACUUCGCCAUAUCAUCAUAAUAAAAUGUUUUUUUUCGGCUUUUUUUGGUCUUUUUUUCUGUUGGUCCGAUCCCAACUUUUGUACUUUUUUUCAUUUGGUUGUUUUUUUGUUUAUCCGGUGAUUUUUACACAAAAUUUUCUUUUUUGAAAGUUUUUUUCCUUCAAAGAAAGCUUUCAAUUUCAUGUCAUAAGACUUGAAAGAUUCAGUAGAACUACGAAACUUUUUUAAAAUUUCUUUAAUAUUCGAAAAAUUUGCUACGAUUCUCAAAACAAUUCAAAUUUCGAAAUAACACAAAGUUUCAAAAGUAGGGAUUUUUUCAAUCUUUCAAUUUUCCUCUGACAUCCAAGCUUGUUGAGAAUCCAAGGAGUACAUUAAAAGAACUUCAGAUGGUGCAGUACCACGUCUCGAGAAGUUCGAGACUCAUGGCGUAUUGGAGCGCCCUGCCGCGUCGGAUGCUCAAGAAGUAUCCAGAACAGACCAUCUUCUACGCGACCUUCGGCUUGGCGUCCGUCGUGAUGGGCGCCUACAAACUCCAGAAGUUCGGAACGGAAGGCGUCAAGCCCUGGUAUCGCAGCUACUACGACGUCGUCCGGCCCGACGAUCCGGUUCUGAAGACGUGGCGGAAACCGGAAGAAUACCCAGCCCCCUACCUUUCCGACAACGUCGAUGCGGCACGCGAAAUCGCAUAGCUUUAUUUCUUGAUUGUUUCUUGAAGGGUUUUGACCUAAGGUUCGAUUUUAGCUAGAACUUUUUGUAUAGAAUGAAUAAAUGUUUUGACUUUUUAAAAAUUUUUGUUUUCAUUUUUUUCUUGGCUGUUAAUUUAUCAGCUGGAGUAUCUUAUUUUUCUUGCUUUACCAAGACUUGUGGCUUUUCUAUACUUGAAAGUUUGCUCCAACGAACUUGAUCCCAAUUUUGCUGAUUACGCCUUCUGGGCGUUUCGAUCCAAUCAGGUGGUAGCUCGUUGGAGCACUCUUUCAAGCUCAAUUUAAUUUCGGCGCAUUUUUCUUUAUGCUACUUACCGUUUCAUUUCAAUUUCUUCAUUUACGUAGUUUAACUAGGCAAAUAUUGCACCUAGCAUAUUCGGAGACAAAAUUGCUCCAUAACAUUAUUUCUUUUAUUUUUACGAUUUUUUUUUUGUUUUGAAAAAAGAUAAUGGAUUUUUGAAACUUUUCAUCCUCAAAAAAAUACGAAAUUGAAGUUUUUCAUCCCUAAAGUGAACUUAACUUACGUACUUUUUUUAUCUUUGCUAGUUUUUUUUUUUUGGAAAUUUUGCCGUUCUCUUUUUUUCUCGAAUUUUUUUGGGUUUUAUUAUAGUUUUGAUCCUAAAAGUAAUUUCCGAAACUAUCAAAAACCAGUUUUCCCAAUUAAAAAUUUUACAAGUGCCCUUCCAUUUCCUUCUUUUUCUUAAACCUUUUGUAACUUGAUUGUUUAAGGAUGCACUCUUUGUAUUCGCGAGCCAACGCGUUGUUCGCCUUCACCUUGUGGGUGAUGGCUGCGGUGACGGCCGCCUGUUUCUUGUCCACCGGCUUCGUCGACUACAACAACGCCUCCGUCGAAAUAACCUUCAACAACCCCAAAGUGUAAGUUUUUGGUGUUUCAUUUACACUUAGCAAUCUUUCCAAAGGUGUCCUUUCCAUUUUUUUUUUUCGAGGAUUUUUGACAUUUCUUACCAUCUGUGUUUUGCGUGGUUUUUUCUUCUUUACACUCCUUUCAUGUUUUUUAGUUGUGAUUACAUUAUAGAAGUUGUAUGAAAAUCAUGAAAACAAGGAAUUUAUCGAAAAAAACUUUUUUUCCGUUUUUUUUUUCGUUAUUCUGGAUAAAUUAAACAAUAACAGUCUUAAGCUUCAAAUAGUGGGAACGGAAAAAGUCUGAAAAAGAUUUAUCAGGAAGCCAUUGAAAAAUUCGCAAACAUUUAUGGGGUGUUUCUUGGAAAAAUGAUUUUUUCAGAAGCCCUAGAGUGUUUAUCAAAGCCUCAAACUUGCUCCGAAAAAAUAAAAAUUUUUGUUUUAGAGAAACGUUGUUGCGUUCCGAAAAAAUUAACGAAAAAAAUUAAAUUUUUUUUUUCCAAUAAACACGCCAUUAGUUGGGGAAACUUUUCUGCUUCCGCAAAAAAAAACCCAAUUUUCUCAGGAGAUCCGUCGUGGACUACGCCUCGGAAGACGAGCGCGUCGACCAGGGCAUCCUCGAUUUUUCGAUCAAAGGCGACUUCAGCGACACGUUCAACUGGAACGUCAAGCAGCUGUUCGUCUACCUGGUCGCCGAGUACAAAUCCAAGAACAAUGUUAGCAAUGAAACACGAUGUUUCAUUCGAUUUCAUGUGUUUCAGGAACUUAACCAAGUCGUUUUGUGGGAUCGGAUCAUUGAAAGAAGUCGCCGUGUUGUCAUCGACGAACGUCAAUUGAAGCCCAAGUAUUACUUCAUGGACGAUGGAACGAACCUUUUGAACCAUCCCAAUGUCACACUCGUCUUGAGGUUGGUUUUGAAUUAGGAAUGGGGUGAAUGAUGGAGAAACCAGGUUGAAAAGUCUAUAAAGAACCGGAAGAUCUAUACUUUGACUGUAAAAAAGAUUUUAAAAAAAAGCUCUCAAAGUUCGACUUUCUGGAAUUUUUUCUUUGGAUGACUGUUGAAAAAAAUGAUUAAAAAAGAAAAGGUUUUUGGAACGUCUCCGACCAAGAUAUUUCUGAAAAGAAAUAUAAAUUCUAUGUUUAAAAAAAUUGAAGAAAGUGUACUCAUCUUCAAAAAAAUUUGUAAAAAUCAUCGAAGAAUCGAUAAAAUCUUGAAAUAUUAAUAUAAUUAAGAUUUUUUUAGGCGAUCAAAAAUCUGAUCUAGAAAAAUGCUUCGAGUCAAGGUGAAAAUAAAUAAUCGAAAGCUUAUAAAAAAAUCUGCAAUUUAAGAUUUUUUUCAAAUAAAAAAAUUAUUUGAAUUUUUUUAAAAUUAUGAACUUGGUUAUCUGUAAAUUAUUUUUUUGGAAAAAAACAUUUGAAUUUUUAAAAAAAUAGUUCAAAUAUUUUUUUCAAUUUGAAUGAUUCAUUUUUCAUUUAUAUUGGUCCGUUUUUUUAAGAAGAAUGAAUCAUUUUUUUAUCUUGAAUAAUUUGUUUUGAGAUAUCUGGAACAAUUAUUUUUUUCAUCUUCAAUGAUUCUUUUUUUGAGAUACAACGUCGUCCCGAACGCCGGAUACCUCCGUCUGGCUCAAGCCGAGAACCAAGUCAUCGUCAAAUUCCCCGGAACCUACACGACUUCCAAAAACUGA